CUCUGAAGACAAUGUGGUGUCAUAUGAAAUACCAGUGACCGCAAAUAGAGAAGAACCACAAAAUAGUAAAGAAGAAAACAAGAAUUUGUGUGCAAAGGAGGACAGUUCACACCCGAAACGAAAAAAGCAUAAACACAAAGAGGCUAGCGGUAAUAAUAGGGACAGUAUGGUAUCAUUUGAAAUACCAGUGACUUCUAGUGGAGAAGAUCCAGAAAGUAAUAAUAAAGAAAAUGAGAAAAAGAAAGGCAAGUCACAUUCAAAAUGCAAAAAGCAUAAACACAGAGAAACUGAGGUUAAUACUGGGGACAGUAUGGCAGCACAUGAAAUACCAGUGACUGCAGAUGGAGAAGAACCAGGAAGUAGUAAUGAAGAAAGUAAGACUCGGUGCACAAACAAAGGCAUUUCACAUAUGAAACGGAAAAAGCAUAAACACAAAGAAAUUGAGGUUAACACUGAAGACAGUGUGGUCUCAUACGAAACACCAGUGACUGCAAAUAGAGAAGAACCAGAAAGUAGUAAAGAAGGAAACAAGAGUUUGUGCGCAAAGAAAGGCGGUUCACACCUGAAACGAAAAAAGCAUAAACACAAAGAGGAUAAGAGUAAUACUGGAGAGAGUAUAGCAUCAUGUGAAAUGACAGUGACUUCUAAUGGAGAAGAUCCAGAAAGUAAUAAUAAAGAAAAUGAGAGAAAGAAAGACAAGUCACAUUCAAAAUGGAAAAAGCAUAAGCACAGAGAGACUGAGGUUAAUACUGGAGACAGUGUGGUGUCCUGUGAAAUGCCAGUGACUUCUAGUGGAGAAGACCCCGAAGGUAAUAAUAAAGAAAAUGAGAAAAAGAAAGGCAAGUCACAUUUGAAACGGAAAAGGCAUAAACACAAAGAGACUGAGGUUAAUAUUGGAGACAGAAUGGCAGCACAUGAAAUACCAGUGACUGCAAAUGGAGAAGAACCAGAGAGUAGUAAUGAUGAAAACCAGAAUCUGUGCACAAAGAAAGACAGCUCACAUCCGAAACAGGAAAAGAAGAAAUACAAAGAGACUAAGGUUAAUACUGGAAACAGUAUCUUGUCAUAUGAAAUACCAGUAACCUCUAAUGAAGAACAAACAGGCAAUAAUAAUGAAGAAAGUAAGAAUCUGUGCGCAAAGAGAGGCAAUUUACAUCUAAAACAGAAGAAGCAAAAACACGGAGAGACUGGUGCUAGUAUUGGAGACAGUAUGGAAUCACAUAAAGUACUAGUGAUUGUAGAUGGAGAAGAACCAGAGAGUAGUAAUGAUGAAAACAAGAAUAUGCGCACAAAGAAAGACAGUUUACACCAGAAACGGAAAAAGAAGAAACACAAAGAUACUGAAGUUAUUACUGGACACAGCAGAAUCUCUUAUAAAAUACUAGCAACUGUGGAUGGAGAAGCACCAGAAAGUAGUAAUGAAGAAAAUAAAAAUCUGUGCACAAAGAAAGAUAGUUCAAAACUGAAACAGAAAAAGAAUAAACACAAAGAGAAUAAGGUUAAUACUGGAAACAAUAUGGUCUUCUAUGAAAUACCAGUGAGUGCAAAUGGAGAAGAAGAAAAAGGAAGUAAUGAAGAAAACAAGAAUGUGUGCAUAGAGAAACACAGUUCACAUGCAAAACUAAAAAAGCAUAAACCCAAAGAGACUGAGGUUAAUAUUGGAGGCAGUAUGGCAUCACGUCAAAUACCAGUGACUGCAAGUGGAGAAGAACCAGAAAGUAGUAAUGAAGAAAACAAGAAUGUGCACACUAAGAAACACAGUUCACAAUUGAAACAGAAAAAGAAUAAAUACAAAGAAGGUAAGAUUAAUACUGGCAACAGUAUGGUCUCGUAUGAAAUACCCAUGAGUAAAAACAGAGAAGAAGCAGAAAGUAGCAAUGAAGAAAGAAAGAAUCUGUGCUCAAAGAAAGAUAGUUCACAUCCAGAAUGGAAAAAGCAUAAACACAAAGAGACUGAGGCUAAUAUUGGAGACAGAAUGUCAUCACAUAAAAUUCCACUGACUGCAGAUGGAGGAGGACCAGAGAACAGUAAUGAAGAAAACAAUAAUCUGUGCACAAAGAAAGACAGUUCGCACCCAGAGUGGAAAAAGAAUAAACACAGAGACACUGAGGUUAAUAUUAUAGACAGUAUAGUGUCGUAUGAAGUACCAGUGACUUCUAAUGGAGAUAAAAUAGAAAAUGGUAAUGAAGAAAGUAAGAAUGUGUGCACGAUGAGAGACAGUUCACAUCUGAAAUGGAAAAAGCAUAAACACAAAGAGACCGGAGUUAAUAUUGGAGACAGCAUGGUAUCACAUGAAAUUCCAGUAACUGCAGAUGGGAGAGAGUCAGAGAGUAGUAAUGAAAAAAACAAAAGUCUGUGUACAAAGAAAGACAGUUCACACCUGAAAAGGAAAAAGAAUAAACACAAAGACACUGAGGUUAAUACUGUAGACAGUACGGCAUCACAUGUAAUGUCAGUAACUUCCACUGGAAAAGAACCAGAAAGUAGUAAUAAAGGAAGCAAGAAUCUGUGCACAACAAAAGACAGCUCACAUCCAAAACGGAGAAAGCAUAAACACAAAGAAACUGAGGUUAAUAUAGGAGACAGAAUGGCAUUGCAUGAAAUACCAGUCACUUCAUGCAGAGGAGAACCGGAAAGUAGUACUGAAGAAAACAAGAAUCUUUGCCCAAAGAAAGACAGUUCUCACCCGAAACAGAAAAGGAAUAAGCGGAAAGAGACUGCGGUUAAUAUUGGAGACAGUAUGAUGUCGUCUGAAAUACCAGUGACUGCAAAUGGGGAAGAACCAGAAAGUACUAAUGAAGUAAACAAGAAUGAGUGCACACAGAAAGACAGUUUUCAAUGGCAGCAUAAAGAGCACAAUGACAAAAAGGGUAAAAUUAAUACUGGAGACAGUGUGACAUCAUAUGAAUUGCCAGUGACCUCCAGUGGAGUAGAACAAGAAAGUAAUAAUGAAGAAAACCAGAAUAUCUGCACAGAGAACAACAGUUCACAUCUCAAUGAGAAAAAUGACAAAGAGAGUAAGAUUAUCUAUUUGGCUCGAUUAUUGCAGAAAUCUUCAUUCAUUACACAAUCAGAGCAAGAGUUUGCUUGUCCCAAAUGCUUGAAGCAUUUUAAUAACCGCAGCAACUUCGUAAGACAUCUGCUUGUUCAUAGGAAAGAGAAAGACUACACCUGUGCUGUAUGUGAAAAAAGUUUCACAUUGAAGCAGAGUUUACAAUUACACAUGCUUUGUCACAUGAAGGAGAAGCAACAUAUAUGUGCUGUGUGUUCAAGGCCUUUUACUGAUGCAAACAAUUUGAGGAGGCAUAUGGUGAUACAUAAUAGGAUAAAAGAAUUUGUUUGUGAUAUUUGUUCAAAAGCAUUUUCCCGUAAGCAACAACUUGGAGCUCAUAUAUUGAGACAUAAGGAUGUGCAAUCAUUUUCAUGUCCACAUUGUUCAAAAACCUUUAAUUACGAAUACCGUUUGCGAAUACACUUGCGUGCAUGUAAAAAGUUAAAUCCAUUUAUAUGUCCUAUUUGCUCGAAACAGUUUCCUCGCGUAUACAAUUUUAAUAGGCAUAUGGGUACUCAUGAUUGAUUGUACAAAGUCUGGUUUAUGAGGAACACCAUUUUUUUUAACAAAAAAUGUUGCAGAAUGUACAGUUCCAUUUGCAAAUGCCUAGUGCAAAGCCUAAUGUAUUCAAAAGAUUGAGUAAUAAGUGUUUUAUAAUGGAAAUUUAGCCUAUCCUUUAUUUUAUAUUAGUGACAAUAAUCAGUUUUUGAAACUAUAUUAUAAGUGUAUGUAUAAAAAUCAACUCGACAAGCAGCAGCUGGAGGAAAUACAUAUCACAUAUGAAAGUUAAGGAAAUGUGAAAGCUGUCAGACAGUGGCUCCUUUUUCUGACAGAGUCGUUGAAGAGGAAGGAAGAGGGAUGAAGAAAUGACUGGAGAGGUUUAGCAAAUGGGGAAGUUACCAAAAAAUCACGCAUAACCCUGGGUCAAGGGAGACUUAGCAGAUGGUAUGAGAAGGAAAACAAUGUGCCAUUCAGCAAAUCUCCCCUGAUCCAUGGUUCUGGUUGACUAUUCCAUAACUCUUCCCAUUUCCUAAACCUCACCAGUCAUCUUCCUUCAUCACUCUUUCGUCGCGUAAUGCCAGAAAAUGGAGGCACUGGCUCUGAAAUCUUGCACAUUUCAUUAAUUUUUAUGUGUGUUCCCUCCUUGCCAUUUGGUGAGUAGAUUUUUUUAUUUAUUCAGUUGUACUACCUUUUAUUUUGUUGUUGUUGGUGUUGUUGUUGU